AGCAUCUGUUCUUACUAAUAAACUUGACAAUUCAAGCCCAAUGCCUGAUAACAAGUCACCGACAUGACUGAUAACCGCAAAACCGUCCUGAUAACCGGAUGUAGACCCGGUGGUAUAGGGAACUCCCUGGCGAGGGAAUUCCAUUCCAAUGGAUAUCGUGUCUUUGCCACUGCACGUUCCAAGGAUCAUCUCGUCGACCUCGCUGAACUUAAUAUCGAGGUCUUUGCCUUGGACGUAACGUCGCCCUCCGAUAUCCGGGACGUAAAAGCGGACAUUUCUGAGCGUACUGGUGGAUCUCUCGACAUUCUCGUGAAUAAUGCUGGCUUUGCGUGCACGAUGCCUGCUCUUGAUUUAGAUUUUACUAUCGUGCAAAAGACAUUCGAGACCAAUCUCUUCUCAGUGAUGCGCAUGGUCCAAGCAUUUUCCAGUCUAUUGAUCCAGGCGAAGGGGACGAUUGUUAAUAUAGGAUCCAUCACCGGUAUAGUGCCCUAUACCUUCGGGUCGUCGUACAAUGCGUCCAAGGCAGCCUUGCACUCGUAUAGUGACACACUUCGUAUAGAACUUAGUCCGUUCGAUGUCAAGGUUGUUGUAGCCAUCACGGGUGGUGUGCUUAGUCGACUUACAGUCAACAAGCGAGACCUUCCCCCGGACUCAAUCUACCUUCCAAUUAGCUCGGACUUCCACGACCGCCAAGGAAAUUCACAGAAGACUGGCAUGCCAAAUGAUGUCUACGCACGUAAGGUCGUCAAUGAGCUUAUCAAGCCCUGCCCACCGAAGUGGGUCUGGAAAGGGACAAUGGCAACUAGGGUCUGGUUGCUCUCGACGUUUUUCCCCAAGGGAAUCUGGGACUUUAUACUUUCAAAGCGGUUUGGUAUCGAUAAAAUGGCUGCAUUGUGGAAGAGGCGACUUGCUUGAUUUUAGUUCAAAGGCCCUGAGUUUGUAUGCAAGUAGAUCAUAGGAAUUGAAUAUGUAUAUAUGUAGGCACGCCUCGAGCAGAGUGUAGCAACAUAAGUAACAGAGUUAACAUAGAUUCGGAACA